AUGCCAAAUUUACAGCAGUUCCUUAAACAAUUGCGUACUGUGGAAAUUCCACGAUUGAUAAAACAAUCGGUUUCAACCUUGAAUAUAGUCUGUGGUAAUGAAUCUGCCGAUUUUGAUUCUGUUGCUUGUGCCAUUUCAUAUGCCUACUUCGAGCAUGCUAAGAGUGCCCAAAAUGUUUAUGUGCCUAUAAUCAAUAUCCCAAAGGAAGACCUUAUGAUGAGGAGAGAUAUAAUGUUUACUUUGAACAAGCUAGACAUCUCACAAGAUCUUUUGUUUUUUAGAGAAGACCUUAUGGAAUAUAAUAAACAAUUCAACACAAUCAACGCAGUGAUUGUUGAUCACAACGAACUUCCAAAACCAACCAAGCAGCUAAUAACAGAUGUUAUUGGUAUUAUUGAUCACCAUGCGGAUAAGCAAUUAUAUCCGAAUGCCAAUCCUAGAAUUAUCACAGUUACUGGAAGCUGUUCAUCGCUGGUAACUAACUUCUGGAGUAAAAACUUAGAAAGUAACAAGUACCAUGAGGCUCUCAACGACUGUGCACCGCUACUUAUUUCUGCUGGUCUUCUAGAUACUGCAAAUAUGAAAUAUAAAGUUGAGAACCCCGACGUAGAAGCAUUCAAACACUAUGGUGAUUUGAAUAUUCCUCUAUUUACUCAAUUCGAUAGCGCUUUCCGUGAGUUAAGAUCAGCCAAAGACAAUAUUGAUGGUUUGACAGUAAAACAGUUAAUCAGGAAGGACUAUAAGGAAUAUGAUUUAAUCCCUAAGUCUUUGGAAUCCAAAAAAUUAAACUUUGGUGUGACUUCAAUUGUUGAACCGGUAGAGGAACUAUUCAAACGUUUCAAUAGUAAAGAUAAUUUUUUCAACAGUUGCUAUAAAUAUAGAGAGGAAUAUGAUUUAGAUUGCUUAGUAUUACUAACUUCUUGGAAUGACCCUAAAGAGGGCAGAUUCAGAAGAGAGUUGAUCAUUAUUCCAAAGGAUGGUCUUUACGACACUGUCGAAAAUUUGUGCAAUAAUGCCCCCAAAUUGGAACUCAAAGUUUUGGAUAAAGAAAGCCAGAAGUUUGUAAUCUAUGAGCAAUUCGACUUGAGCUCAAGUAGAAAAAGAAUUAUGCCUUAUCUGCAAGACGUCUACUCAACAAUUUAA